AUGCUGAGGAUCAACCUGAAUCUGACGAUAGUAGCGAUGGUAAUGCCUCGGGCAAAAGUAUCAACAAGUUCUCAGUGCAUCAAAAAUCUGUGGUCGCACAUUCUGUACAACAGAACAUACGAUAGUUACAACAAAACAACACCUACUCCACCAAUUCUGGAACAAGAUGUAAACUACGAUGACCGAUUCCCUUGGAGCGAGAAUCAGCAAGGGUUAAUUUUAGGAGCUUACUACUGGUUGCAUUGGGCAACGCAACUUCCUGGAGGUCUUUUAGCAAGACGUUAUGGCACGAAACUUGUUUAUGGUUUAGGAAACUUUCUAACAGCGCUUUUUGGCUUUCUCAUCCCACUUAUGACACAUUAUCAUCUGUAUGCUCUUGUAACGCUACGAGUUCUUCAAGGUCUAUUCGCGAAAGAAUCAUUUCGAAGGUACUGUUUCUGGCUGUUGCUCAUACACGAUUCACCUCAGCAACAUCCUCGGAUAUCCGACGAAGAAAAAAAAUAUAUUUUGGAUCAUCUUGGUGAUUCAGUCGACGAGGGGCAAACUGCCAUACCUUGGAAAGAAAUAUUGACAUCAGGUCCAGUUUGGAUUACAAUCAUAUCGCAAUGGGGUGGAGCGUGGGGUUUUCUCACCUUAAUGACUCAAGCACCAACUUACUUCAACUUUAUCCAUGGAUGGGAUAUCAAUGCGACUGGAUUUCUGUCUGGAUCCCCGCACCUGUUCAGAAUGAUUUUCUCGUAUUAUUACUCAAUUAUGAGCGAUUGGCUCAUACGUACCAACAAGAUGAGUUUGACCAAUGUUAGAAAAAUUGCUAUGUUCGUAUGCACUGGUUUGCAAGGGAUAUUCAUCUUGGCUUUGGGCUAUAGCGGAUGUCAUUCAACGCUUGUGGUGAUCUUCAUGAUAGCAGGGACAACUGUGAAUGGCGCGGUUUCCGCUGGCCCCUUAGCGACUUUCGUAGAUUUGAGUCCAAAUUAUGCUAGUAUUCUCCUUGGUUUUUGCGGAAUGGUGGUAAUAGCCUGUGGAUUCAUUUCACCAGCGAUCGUUGGUAUUUUAACGCACAACAAUCAAACCGUAUCGCAAUGGCGAUUAGUUUUCAUCAUUGCUGCUAUUAACACUUUCGUUGGAACCGUUGUUUACUUAGUGUUCGGAACAUCGAAGGAACAACCGUGGAACAAGUAUAGUAAGUCAAGCAAAGACAAUGGACAAAAACUGGAGGAAUUAACGGCGAAGCCAAUUAUAAAAAUCGAAGAGGGUGAUAAGGACGCGACCGAGAAAGAUAGAAUGAUCACGGAUAAGUAAGAGAGACGAAUGCACGCAAGUAAAUAAAGUUUAGAGUUCCUCGGGUUUUUGUAGAAUGGAAUAAAAUACAACACUUGUUUUAUUCUCGUUAUUUAGUGUUGAAAAAAUUACUAACUGA